UACACCCUGCGCAUGCGCGCAUAUACGGCGGUCUUUUGUUGUUGUUUGAAAAUGGCUUCAACAUUGGAUUUUGCUUAAACUUCAUUUAAGCUUAAUUUCUUCCACGGAAAUACCACAAAGUUUGCUGGAGGUCACUAUCGCAUUCCAUUGACUCAACAUGAUGUUACCAGUGAAGACUAUGGCACCUUCAAAGGUUGUAAAGCAGUCUUCAGUUGCAGCAUCAAAGAUCAAAACCAAAAUGCUCAACACAUCCUCCUUUUUCAAGGUCUCUUUAAAGAUGAACAACAAGGCUCUAGCUGUUGCUUUAGCUGCAGAAAAAGAAAGAAGCAGACAGCUGGAAAGGGAGAUUGUUUAUCUUCAGAAAAAAGUUGAAGGACUCUGCUUUGAUUUGGCAGUAAAGAAAUACAAGCAGAGGAAACUGUUCAUCAUAUUAAAAAAUCUACAGAACAAUACUCUGAAUCACCUAGAAAUGGUGACAGAUCUUUUCUUAUCUGACAAUGUAAACAGCUUUCUACUCAGGGAUGUUCCUAAUUCACUUGGUGACCAGAAUAAUGUGGCUAAUACGGGGGGUGAAAUUCGUCUAUUUCCUGCAGGACCUUUAACCUCUAAAUCAGAAGUUCCAAAGGAUUUUUCAUGUCCACCACAACAGCCUACUGAAGAGCUAAACCUGUCACUGGAUGAUGCUGAUGAUGACGAACUGAGAAAAUCCAGAAGUUCAAUUCAUGUAUUCAAUGUUGUCAAUGACUGGAAAAGUCUUGCUAUCCCACCUGUGCAAACGCCUUCCCUGCCAAGCACAAGGACUUCUAGCAGCUUAAGGGAUGAGGUGGACAGGCUGUCAGUGAUGUAUGCCCAGAAUGGAUAUGAUGUGAAUACAGUUCCGGGUUUUCAGCGCAGAGAGUCUGUAAAGAGCAACUGUGAAAAAAACAAGUCUAAUGUCUCUGAAUCUGAACACAGUAGAAAACCUGAUAAGACAAUCAUUUUCGAUUCAACCAUGGAGCUGACUGUUACUUCUGCUCCUGAUAUAGUUACUGUUGGGGAGGAACCCCGAACCAAUCGCUCCUCUGACAAAAACAUAAAAAUCAGUAACAAAGAUGAAGCAGCUUGCAUCAAAAUUCACAAACCACAAGCAAAGAUGACACAAGAAAUGAAUGUACCAAUUUUUACUCAGCUAGAGAAAGAUGCAGUGUGUGCACAGGAUACAAACGCAAAGCUUGUGGAGCCACAAAAGGACAAAGCACAGUGUAAAAAUAAGAUUGCCUCUCGCAUACCAAAAAUGACAAAAAGUGUUUUGACAAACUCCAAGAAAAGGGAAAAUCUGAAACUUGGUGACCAGUUAAAUGUAGAAAAUGUCAAUACUCCCCUACCUGAUAUGGAUGAUUAUUUUAAUUAUAAUGAAAUUCUGAAAUCCACCAAUUCAAGCAAGCCUGUGGACUUAAAAUUGCAAAAUGCAGAAGGAAUGUCCAAUAUUAACUGCAGGAGAUCUAAAACUAAGAGCCGGAGAAUGUCUUCAUCUCGAAAGAAAACUUUUUUCAUUCCACCCAUGCUUUCAAGUGAUGUCACACAUGAAAGUGAAUGGGCUUUUUUAGAAUCUGCUCAACAUUUGGGAAGGCCUGAAUCUGAAAAUCAAGAGCAGGACAAAUUAAGGCUGUGGGACCAUAACAAAACAGACACUAGAUCAGUUGAGUUAUUUUUAGAUGGUUAUUUAAAAGAGGAUAAAAAUAUUUCUGAAAAGGCCUACCAAAAUAUUUCCAUGGUACACGAGGAACCCACAGAAGUUCAAGUUAGUUCAAAAUUAAACUGCAGGACAACUCGAAGCAAAAGAGGAUCCCAAACUACAAGGAGAACAUUUGACCUGCCGUAUGCCGAAAGUAAUGGUGACCAAACUUCUACAAAUGUGGAGGAUGAGUCUAAAGAAUUUAAUUUCUCUACAGAUAUGAAUGAGGAAGACGAUAAACAGGACUAUCUCAGGCUAUCUGUCCAGUCCAUAAACCAUAGUUUGGACAAAAUACACCACAAUGACCACAAUCCUGAAGCUCUCACAAAACGUGUAAAAAUGCAUAAAGCAAAAUGUAGGAGAACAUUUGUAAUUUCAACAAACAACUGUGGCCCUUUAUCAGAUGCAUCUGUUAUGGAGGAUGAGGUCACUUGUAUGAGAUCAAGCACAGACGUGGUAAAACCCGCUGCUGUAAAAGAGCCAUGUGUAGGAAACAAAUCAGUUUCAGACACACAUUGUCUUGAAGCUUUGGUUAGCUCUUGUAAGCGCCCUUGGGUGGCCACUGAGGAUACAGAGGAGGACACCAACCAAGUACCAACAGCUGAUAGCAAAGCAACGGAACCAAGACUUCAGACUUCAGACUUUCAGCUCCCUAAAAAAGCCAGACUGGAUGAUGCAAAAGCUGAAAAAAAGAAAUCUGUUCAGAAGGAAGAGAGCAGUACAAGAAAAAAGAAAAGCACAGGCAAACUUGAUGAGAAAAAUGAUCACAACAAUACUGAAUCUAGGAGUUCCAUGUGUCCUUUUGAUAAUGACCUCCCUGAUUUCGACAAGUCUGUGGACAAUUCACAACUGGUUGAUUCAUUGUUUGGUCCACAUGAAGAUGAACUGCACACAGGCAUUAAGGAGACUAAAUUCAAGAUGAACAGAAACCCCAAACAAUAUCGUAAAACAUCAAAGUUGCAUGCACCCGUUAACCUAAGAGAGACAUUUGUUGUGUACAGCCAUUUUUCUUCAAGUCAUUCAACAGUGCAGCCAGAUGGGGGACUUAUAAUGGAUGAGAUGCCUCCCUGGUUGGAUCAACAUGUCAGCAGUGCAGAUACUGAGAUGGACUCUGUGAUCUGUACCCCCAGAAGAGAGACAGCUACCAAGACAGAAGCAUAUGGCCCAUCUCCCAACAAUGUAUCAGGUUUUAUUGGUUUUGGCUGUGUUGCAGUGGGAAGAGUCCUAACUUCACUGACAAACACAAUUUCAACCCCAGAUAAGGAAAAUGGCAGGCUAACAAGACGAAAAGGCCCUGUGAGUUACAAGGAGCCGUCCCUUAACAGUAAAAUAAGACGUGGAGACAAGUUUACGGAUACUGAGUUUUUGAAUUCACCAGUAUUUAAGGGCAAGAAAUCAAAGAAAACUUCCACAAAGACAAAGUGCUAAAUACAACGAUAACUGAUUGUUUUUGGGGUUUUUUUUUACUGUAAGUCUGACUAUUUUUUUUCUAAUAAAGACA